GGUUCGUGGAGACACUGAAGAAAUGGCUACAUUGGCGGUUUUCCUGUCUCUCUUGGCCAUCGCGUCUGCGUGGCACUUCAAGCAAAUCUUCGACCAGGAGUUCAUAAACUACAAGAUCACCCAUAAGAAAACUUACAGCUCGUUUGUAGAAGAGACGAUCCGCUACAAUGUCUUCCUCGAAAACAAACUCCGCAUGUCGCAGCACAACGAAAAGUUCGCGAGAGGCGAGGUCUCCUACGAGCUUGGCGAAACUCAGUUUGCUGACCAGACUCACGACGAGCACAGGCAAGUGCUAGGCCUUUUGAGUUUGCCUGAAUUCGACGUCGCGUACCUAGAGCGCGAAACUCGUCGUGUCGCUGCCUCCGUUGUUGCUGUCAAAGACGACGGUCUCCCUGAUUACCUGGACUGGAGGGAGAAGGGCGCCGUGACUCCGGUCAAGAACCAGGAUAGAUGUGGCUCGUGUUGGGCUUUCUCUGCGGUAGGAGCAUUGGAGGGUCAGAUUUUCCGGAAUACUGGAGUUUUGAGAAGCCUGUCAGUGCAACAAGUAGUGGACUGCACUGAAAACGCUUUGGGGUGCGCCGGAGGUCUGCCAGCGUUGGCUUACGAGCAAAUCGAAAGGUCCGGUGGUCUUGCCACCGAAGAAGAUUACCCAUACAUUACUUAUCAAGGAAACUGUAGCAUGCGACACAUGGAUGGAGGAGUCGACCACGGCUAUCGCGCUUUCAAGAAGAACGACGAGCAGGCGCUGAAGGAGGCCGUCUCCAAGUAUGGCCCCAUCUCCGUCGCCUUCUCCGUACUUGAUGAUUUUAUUCAUUACAAGCGCGGUGUGUACGAGUGCAGCAAACGGGCCGCGCUCAACCACGCUGUGCUGCUCGUGGGCUACGGCAGUGAUGAAGUCGAUGGAGAUUAUUGGAUCAUCAAGAAUUCGUGGGGCGUUAAUUGGGGGGAAAGAGGAUACUUCAGAAUGGCCAGGAACAAAAACAACACCUGCUUCAUCGCCGCCCAGAGUUCCAUUCCAGACGUUUGGUUUCAUGGGAACUAGGAUAAAGUGACAUAACAGGUUGAGGUGUGCAACUUUGCUCUUUAAUGCAUUGAAUCCGAAGUGGUAAAUAUGCGUAACACGAAAUUCUCCAGGACG